GUAAGAAUCCACGAAAAUGUCGGAUUUAUUCCUAAACCUCGAUCACAUGCUGAGACAAGUGGAAGGAAAUUCUGUAACUGAAAUUCAGAAAGGUUUAAACGAAUUAUACUCAACGCUGUCAAGUGAUUCAGUGCGUUCAGAUAUUUCAAGUAAUUCCUCGAGUCAGCAUCACCAGCUGACAUGGAAGGUGCUGCUGUUGCGGUGUCACCAGUGCCUGGUGAGCCUUACAUCAAAAACAAAAGACCUCACAAGACCAGCUCUGAGCCGUCAGGCCCUCUGCUGCAAACUGGUGACCCUGAUCCUGCGAUACGCCAGCACCCCGACAUGUAUUUACCUGGAAGUUCCCACAAUAAUGUCCCUGGUCCUCGAAAUCCUGACAUCUAGUCUCUACAGCCAGCACCACGACGAGUACAUGAUUACCCUAGGAGACUGCAUCCUCUCCAACCCAUUGUACAGAGCCCAGAUGACCCUCGAUGACUGGAGAGGUCUUCUGAAGGUGUCCUUGGACCUCUUCACCUCAGAGAACUCCACGAAAUCAAUUAUCAUCGGAGUACUCCAGAAAAUCGUCCUCUACGGUUGUCAGAGGGGUAAUUUUCACCAAGAGGUCCUGAAACUUUUGCCCUUCAUCAUGAAACUCUUCCAGGACGUCGUCAGCAAUCCCUCGGCCAAUCUAAACCCCUCGUACAGACUCCUGACGAUGAUAAUCCAGGAGAUUGGCACGGAGAACAGAAGAACUCUGUGUGAAUUCACGGAGAAUCUGCUGCCCUCGGUGAUGAGUGUCCUGGCGACCGGGGGUCAGGAGCGAGACGAUUUGUUGUAUCAUAUUGUUAUCCUGCAUCACCCCAGGGGCGCCACAGAGACUCCUAAUUCAUUUGCGAACAGCUGGGGCCUGUGGAGGAGGAUAAUGCUGACGAUUCUGAACACCAUCUUCAGGGAGCUGGUGCCUCGUCUCUUGGACAGGGGAUUUUUGGCUCUCGGGGCUGAGGUUCUUCAUCAGGUGGUCGUCGACGAGGCUUACAGACACGAAGACAUUGAGUCUGGGGCCCUGGAGGAGGAGCAACAGCUGGGGCCCCAGAUGAAACGUCGAAAGAUCGCUCACAGUAUGCAGACCCUGCUGGACCUUUUCGAUGCUGACUUCACCAAGAAAACCCUGGAGAAUCGGUGGCCAGUGAUUCAGCUGGUCACUGAAGUUCUCAGGAAAUAUCCAGAGACCCUGAAAUUUCGGGAAUUUCAUCAGAUGCUGAAGCUCACGAGUGAACUUUUUAUUGAGUCGACGAAGGAGCCUAGGGUAAUGGACACCCUCUGCCUCCUGGGUCGCAUUCUUAUUCAGAUCUCCAGGAGUUCAGCCUUCGCUCUCGAUUCCACUGUCCACAAGUACUGGGAUAAAAUAUUUGAUAAUGUUCUGAUCACCCUGGGAAAGGGGCAGAACGAAAUCGAGGGACACAAACUCCUGCAGAUGCUCAUUGAUUAUCGAGGCGUUUACAAUGUCAAUGCCUUCGUUAAUCUCUACUUCACGAAUGCCAUCAAGUGGUCCAACUCGAGUGUCCAGACUCUCAUCGUUCUCUGCAAUCAUGUUAUCAUCCUGGAGGACUCGAAACCGAACUCUGGGAGGUGGGAGGGUGAGUCAGACAGACAGAGACUUAUCAGGUGGAGUCUGGAGGUGCCAGGAUACCGAGUCCUCUCCCCCGAUGCCCUCGAGGACGUCUGCAAACUCGUCACUGGACUCGUCCUCAAGACCUGGGACAAACGAUUCACCGAACUCCAUCAUCAGGGAGAAGUUGACGCUCUGGAGUUCAACGAGGACGACCGGAGGUGCAUCGAUUCCAUCCAGAAGUGUCAUCUCUCUCUUAAUUUUGAGACCGACCUCUUCAACGAGGAGAUGUCGAGACCAGGUGAAAAGUCGGAGCCCCUGAAGCUGUCGAUUGCAGAGAGAAACUUUCAGUUCUGCCUGGGAAUGAUUACAGAACUCCUAGACUUCCCUGGGGAACUCCCCGAUGACGUCACCUUGAUAAUAUCGAGACUCACGCUCGUGGCAAAGUGUUUAUCAAAUUUCCUGGAGCUGGAGGUGGAGUCCCAGGAACUUGAGAGCUUGAUCUCCGAGUUUUCCAUUCAUUUUUUUGAUGUCUUGGAGAUGAUGUGCGCAAAUAAAAAAUUGGAGCGAGAUAAUGCACAUGUCGUUGGGGUGAUCAGGGCUCUGGUGACUCUGUUCUCGUCGAGAUACCACAAGAGAAUCGCUAAGAUCGUCUUGGAGACGCCAAAGGAACUCUUGACGAAUCUUUUUUUAAUGCUGAAUUUCGAGGAGGAGAGUGAACCGAGCGAGUCCAGGCAGCUGGGGAUCAAGUACUACGAGAGGAUCUUCGAAGUGCAGAUUACCCCGGAGGGAAAGCACUCGCAGAUAACGAUUGGCACUCACCAGGUCCUCACAGCCUUCUCCCUCCUGCAGACAGGGAGUCCAGUGUCUGAACGACAGAUAAAGGUCCUACAGAAUCUUCUGCAGAAGGAAAUAUAUAAGACAAAACUCCUGGUGAAUCUCUGGAAGGGAUUGGCCCUCUUGAAAUCAAUCCUGCGAACUCCACGAGAAUUUUUCCUGGAGGGACUGCUCGCCUUUAUCGGCAAUUUCAUUCUGGAUCUCUUUCAACUGUGGGAUAAGGACUUCCACGGGGUGAAGGGCAUUCUGGAGCUGCUACCAGGGUUCGUCGAGCUGUUCUCCAGGACGAAUAUUGAUUACGAGGGACUUCUGGGGGUUCUCAAAGCGUCAGUCAAGCCCAGGGAUAAGGGGUACUCAGGGCCUUUGAUCCAGACGACAUUCCUGGAGGCCGCCCACAGGAUCAUGAAGCUCCAACCUUCCUCCAGCCCUCGCCUGAUGCCUCCGAAUGAACUCUUCAGGUAUAUUGGCUCGGACCUCUACCUCGUACGCCUGUACUCCCUCAGGAUCCUUCACCUCAUGUUUUCCUCGGAUGAAGUCCACAUCUCCCACAAGAAGAGCCUCUUCGAGAGGAUCGAGGAGAUCGUGAUGAGUGAUACGAAGAGUAUUUUUGUGGUGAACCAAAACCUCACUGGAACUCCCCAGGACGACGAAUUCACCAACAGAACAGUUACUGCCCUCUACCUCCUGGGGACUGUCGUUCACGCCAGUGGAAUAUUUCAUCCUCAGGCUCUCAAUCUCAUAUUCAGACUCCACACGAAUCGAAAUCUAGAUAUCAAUCUCAUCAAGAAACUCUUCGCAGCUGUUAUUCCCAGGGAGAAAGAGCGUCUCACCCUCAUCAGGAAUAAUCUCUACGAUUUGAUGAAGACUGGGAUGCAGGAGGGGGUGUCCAUGGGGGACUUCUGGAUGAUGACAAACUGCUCGUCGGAGGUCGAAUUUUAUGAGAAUCACAUCGGUAUCUUCAUCCUGAUUAAACUUGAGAUUCAGGAGUUCCAUAAAGUGGAGGUCCUCUGCAAGAACCUGGGGGUAUCAUUCGCCAAAGCCAUCGAGGACAACUUUCCAGGAAUUCUCUCCUGGAUGCUGGCUGCAAUGGUCAGACAAAAAUCUCUCUAUGUCGACGAGAUUUAUGUGAAAUUGAGGGAGAACUCUGGGAGUUUCAGGCACGUCAGGCAAUUUUCAGAGCUACUCGAGGAGAAGCUGGCAGAAGUUGUUCUGGAUCUACUCCAAAGGCUUCACGACAGGGAGCACUUUAAGGACGUUUUCCAGGUGCCUGUCUACUUCCCGAAGAUGAUUGUCCCUAAUUUUCGUUACGACAUCAUCGUCAAGGCACUGGAGCAACUGCAGAUGUGCGUGAUGGGGGAAAAGGGAUCCCUCGUGCAGUAUCUCAUCGUCAAGCAUCCUGAGAUGGUACAGAGGAUCCUCUCGACCCUCGUCAAGAGCAUUCACGAUCAGACAAUGGUGGAAUACAGGCUCAAGGCCUUCCAUCACUACUCUUUUUUUUGCCAGCAGCUGAUGUCUGAGAUUUCUGAAGAAUACUUCAACGAAAUGUCGACUUUCGUUGUCAGAGACGUCUCCUAUACACUCAUUCACCUCCUCCACGACACCAACGAGCUUUUCCUCGACAUUGUCUUCGAUUUUUUGCACCAGUUCCUGAAGAAGCUGCUGCCCUCGAGGUCCAGGGAGGUUUCUGGAAUUCUCAAUUACUUGUCGACGAAUCUCAUCUCGAUGGUACAAUCCUCCAAGAUGAAAGCAAUAAAAAUCCUCAAACUAUUGGUCGUGGAAAGUACAGAGGUUCUCCAGGAAUCCAUAAGGAUCCUCGGGGUUUUCCCGAACUCCCAAGAAUUCGAUGAAAUUCGCGGAGUGUACAAUUCCCUGAAGAAAACCCACAAGACGUGGUCACUAAAAAUUGAGAUGGAACACUUUCUGAAUUCCGCUCAGGAGAAAACUCUGAGUUGCAGUGUAGAGGGGAUUGUCCAUCUGAGGAAGCAGUUAGGGGAGAACAGGGACGAGCUCCAGAGGAUGUACAAGGACCUGGAGGAGCUCAGGGGUUUCGCCGAGGACUGCACCUCCAGUGUUCUUCACAGAUUGACCUACAGAUUGAUAAAACUCACUGAGUCCUCGAACGUGAGCAUUGGACUCGAGGCCACCAGGUGUUUAGGGGAGCUGGGCCCAACCGAUCUCACGACGAUGAUUCUGCACCCUGAGGAGGGACACCUCCAGGAGAGUGCAGAGGCCAUCGACGUCCUGACAGAGACGAUUAUCUCGAAAUUGUCAGAUCGACUGAUCGAGGACAGCUUGGAGCUCAGGGAGGCAGCAGCUGAUGCUCUCUAUGAGGUGUUCUCUUCCCCCUGGGGACAGCAGAUCAUCAAGAAAUUCAGGAAAGACCUGGGAAAGCCUAGUAUCACUAGCUCAAUGCUGACGAUCCUCAGGAACACUCGUCCUUUCCUCGUGAGGGCUAACAAUAGAACGAGAACGGUGGAGCUCGAUGAGGAGAAUUGUGCCAUAUGUUUUGUCCAUGGGGAUGAGAUCUGGAAGGGCGAGGGUGGCGAAUCCUAUGUCUCAUGGAUCAGGAAGCUCACCUGUGCAAUUAUCAAUUGCUUCAAGGGACUGUACACCUCCGCUCUAGUACCUGUUUGCAAAAUUGACGUGGAAUUCUGUGAAAGUAUUCUCCCCAGGAUGAUUUUCUUGCUAAUUAGCACUGCUGAUGAGUUAUUGGAUUUUGUAUGCAAGUGUAUCAACAGCUUCUUCGAGGGGUAUUUUGAGGCAGCAUGUUCUAUCGAGCAGACGAUGUCCCAGGGAAGUCUGAGAGUCGAGGCGUUCAGUCACGAGUCCGUAAGGUGCAUGCUGAAGGUCGUUAACUUUCUGCGGAUUCAAUCGUCUUCGAAUUUCGAGUCAAAGUUGAAUUAUCUCCCUAUAGCAAAAGCAGCGCAGUACUGCUCAGCUUAUUUCACAUCCCUGCUGUACGCCGAGCUGUCCUCAGAGACCAUGAAGAGAUCCCUACGUCAAUGUGCCACGACCUCCCUGAUCGAUGGGCUCUGCGAGGUGUGCCCGAGUGAGGGUAAAGCCCUCCAGGAGAUCUUACGUGAGGCAUAUCUGAAGAUCGGCGAUCCUGAUUCAAUUCACGGCUGUGGCCAGUCCCAUCUCAAGUCCCAAUCCUCGAGAAUCCAGCACUACCUGCAAUUCAACCAGUGGGACAUCGCCAUGACUGCCCAGGAUGUCGAGCUCAGCUCGGGAUUUCCAUGCUCCAGGGGCAUGAUAACUGCCCUCCAGCAGACAGGACUGGAUUACCUCCUCAGUAAGUACCUCAGCACGAUAAAGAAUGAGGAGAACGUGGAGGAGUACAUGUACGAGACAGCCUGGCGUCUCUCUAACUGGGGAAUGCUAUCAAAAUCCAGCACAACGGAUUACGAGUACCAUCACUACCACUCCCUGAAAUACCUCCAGGAGAGGGACACGAGUGGUGUGAGGAGCUCCCUGGAGAGAGCUAGACUCAGUAUAAUCUCUUCCCUGAGGAAUACCAGUCUGGAGUGCAGUCAAACAGUCUAUCCAAAACUCCUGAAGCUCCAGAUGUUGCGAGAGCUCGAGGAGCUCAACGAGAAGAGCAUCGAGCACUGGCCAGAGGUGAUAACCGACUGGAGACAGCAGAAUCUCUCCAACAUCAAUGACUUCCAGUACAUCGAGCCAAUCCUCUCGCAGCGAAUUGCCCUCUUCAAAAUUGGCUACAGCACGAGGGACGAUCCUUUUUUGAAGAACUCAAUUGUCGAGACUUAUUUGGAGCUCUCACGAGUGGCGCAGGCACAGGGGCACCUACACCUGGCAGGUCGAGCCCUGGAGUCCCUGGGGAGGACCCCCGAUCUCACCGAGGAUAUGAGGGACAGUCUGAAUCUGAGGGAGGCCGUCCUGGCAUGGACCAGGGGUGACCAGACGAUGGCGAGAUUUCUUCUCAGGAAUCUCAUUGCUAAACCUGGAGGCACUGAUCCCAGACUUCUGUCACAGGGCCUGAGACUCUGGGGCAAUUGGAUGGCUGAGACCAAAUCAGAGGGGCCCCAGGUCGUUGAGGACCACUACCAGAAGUCCAUCGAUAUUAUCCAAUCGAUUCAAUCACAGACGAGUGAAGACUUCAGGCAUUUAAACGAUACUAGGGCUGCUUUGGCGCAAUUUGCUGAUGCCCAGUACGAGCACAUAACGGAAUUCAUGAAGACACCUUUAUUUGAGAGUCUCCAGCAGACCGCGAGAUUCGUCAGGGAGGGAAAUUUCAGGGCUAAGCAGGGUGACAAGAACGUCAUCUCCGCGAUGAAUAAAAAUGAGAGGACUGAUAAAAAUGAUUUUGCUGAGUAUGAAAAAAUACAGAGGGAGCAGAGCACGUACCUCAAGCUCGCCGUUAAAUAUUACUGCAGAAUUCUCAUUGAUGGUGAUUACAACAACUUCCUGGUGUUUCGUUUGGUCUCACUCUGGUUCAAAAAUAUGGACCGCGACGAGGUCAACUCCAUCCUUGAGUCCCACCUCCACCUGAUACUAACGCACAAAUUCGUGCCCCUGAUACCGCAGCUCGCACCGCACGUGAGUCUUGAGGGCAAUUACUUCUCCAAGAUGAUUAAUUCAUUGGUUGAGAGGUGCGCGAGGGAGCAUCCGCAUCAUGUGCUGCCUGUGUUACUGUCACUCAGGAAUACGAACAAGGAUAAUGAGUUUCAGAAGAAGAAGACGGCUGUCGCACCUGUGAGGGUUCUCGCAGCUAAAAGAAUUCUUGAGAAACUCGAGAGGACUGAUAUCCGGGGGAUCAUCGAGGAGAUGACGAGGACAGCUGAGGCCCUGAUGAUGUUGGCUUAUUACUCUGAUAAGAAUAGAUCGGGAGUGGAGGCUAGGAUUCCUACGGGACAGCAGAUCCUCAGGAUUAAGGGAUUCGAGAGGUGUAUGGUACCGACUAUUAAUUUGAAGGUACAACCUGGCGGGAAUUACCAGGUGGUGGGUAUCAGGGGAUUCAAGGAGGUCUUCGAGACGCUGGGGGGUGUCAAUGCACCGAAGAAGAUUUAUUGUCUAGGUGCUGAUGGUGUUGUCUAUAAACAAGUUAUCAAGGUCGAUGCUGAUAUAAAAAAUGACAGCAUCAUGCAGCAGGUGUUCACUGUGAUGAACUCAUUGUUCCAGAGUUCCAAGGAGACGAAGAGGAGAAAAUUGAGAAUCAGAACGUACAAAGUCGUGUCAUUGUCGCAGCAAUCUGGAAUUCUCCAGUGGUGUGACAACACGAUACCCAUGAGUUCUGUCUUGGUGGGGAGUGGAGGACUUCACGGGAAGUAUCACGUGGGUGACUGGAAGCCAGACAAAUGCAGAAAACUGGUGGAUUCUGUCAGCAAGAGGAGCAACGAGGAGAGACUCAAAAUUUAUCUCCAGAUAUGUGAGAAUUUUCGUCCAGCCUUUCAGUACUUCUUCCUGGAGAAGUUCCCAUCACCUGAGACCUGGUUCGAGAGGCGAAUGGCGUAUACCAGGAGUAUCGCCACUACCUCGAUGGUCGGGUAUAUCCUGGGGCUCGGGGACAGGCACUGCAGCAAUAUUUUGAUCGACGAGACAACAGCUGAGGUCGUGCAUAUCGAUUUUGGUAUUGCAUUCGAGCAGGGAAAGGUCCUGCCUAUUCCUGAGACCAUUCCUUUCAGGCUGACUAGGGAGCUGGAGGCUGCCAUGGGUGUCUCCGGUGUUGAGGGCGUUAUGAGGAGGUGCUGCGAGGAGACCAUGAGUGUUCUCAGGGACAGGAGGGAGAUGAUUAUCACUUUGCUCCAGGUACUUAUUUACGAUCCUCUCUUCUCCUGGAGUAUCUCACCGUACAAGGCGUACAAGAUGCAGAGCGAGGACUCCACCAGGUUCACUGACUCCGGGGACCAGGAUGUCAGGCCCACUAAUAAAAUGGCGGAGAGGGCUUUAUUGAGGAUUGAUCAGAAGCUACAUGGGACUGAGGAGGGAAUUGCCACGAGUAUCGCAGGACAGGUGGAGAGGCUCAUCCAGCAGGCGAGAGAUCCUGGAAAUCUAUCACGCAUAUUUUACGGAUGGCAGGCUUAUCUUUGAAUUGUGAUAAAUCAGAUCUAUUCAAGUGUUAGUCAAUAUCCAUUACUUAUUCCCGUAAUUAUUCCUUGUGUUUUUUGUAAUGAUGUUAUGUUUCUUCUGCUCAUAUUUUUACUUUUACCAUUUUAGGAUUUUAUCACCCGGUGAUUGAUAAUAAAAAAUUCAUACUUUUUUA